CUAUUGGGGGACCGAUAUGUAGAUGAUGGUUUGUCCAUUUUUAUUUCUUCUGGCCAAUUUGACGCCGAAUCAUGAAUUAUUACGUACGUGGAGGGAAAAUUUGAUGAUGCAUGCCCAGCGCAUCCGAACAUUGAUGGGAAGGACAUGUCUCGACUCCGCCAGAAACCACUACUGGGCAGACGACCACAUAUCACCCCACGCCUGUACUCCAGGGCUAUCACACCUAGACAUGCCCAAGAAAGGCACGCAACAGCAGAUCCACUCCUAGCGAGUGUUACAUUGUCCACUACACUGACGAUGGCUUCAAGACGGAAAAGACUAGAGGAGGGGGGAACAAGCGACGGUCGGACUUCAGAAUGAUGCAAACAUGAAACCUUGCUUCUUUCCGCCGCCGUCAGCCGUUAAGCCGCUCCCGUUGCAGCCGCCAUUGAUGUCUCACAUACGACACGAGUCUCGAUCGGUGAUGAAUCCGCACAAAUCUCGCGUCCUUGCCAGCC